AAGCCUAAACAUUUCACUGCGAAAAAUUACCCUCACGCACUCACACACACACUGACUCUCGCAUCCCUCUCUCCCUCUCUCUCUCUUUUCCUCUCUCCAUCUCUCCAUCUCUCUCUCUCUCUCUGUCCACACACACCUUUGCGCGUGUUUGGUCAGUCCGGGCGGCGCGGGAGGCUAAACAGAACCGAACCCGAGAUCCUAAUUUACUUUUUAUUCCUUUUUUCAUCAUUUCUCCUCUUUUCCUCUCCCUCCAUUCAUUCCCUCUAGCGCUGGAACUUCCCGCGUAAUUCCCAGCUUCACGCGGACGCUGGAGGGAGCGAGACGCGUUCUGGAGCACGUGACCCACGCGCAUGUUCUGCGUGUUUUUUUUCCUGCCCACAAUAAUAACCACAUUAAUUAACAACAGCACUAAUUUAUUAACCUACUCCUCGUCGUAUUUAUUAUUUUUUUCUACAUAUUUAUUUGUGCGUUUCCCAGGAUCUGGACAAAAUAUGAAACUGCUGCUUGACUCCUCCUCCUCGCUGCUCUUCUCUGUGCUAUUGGCUCAGUUGCCACUGCUGACAUCAGCCUUACCUGCCCAGUCGCGGCGGCACCCACACAGCCAUGCUGACCUGGACAAGCUGACCAAUCAGACGAGGCACCUGCAGAAGCUAACCCAUGACCUGAUCAACGACCACGAGUUAGACUCGGUGAUCGACCACCACAGGUUCAAGUCUCUUCCAGCGAUCAAUGGCCGAGCCAACGACCUCAGCUCAUUGGAGUUGAAGACCACUCUCUCACAGCUCCAUACUGACCUAAAGUCUUUCGAGCAUCACUUUGAAUGGCUAAACAAAGUGACAAAAAAGCACCAACACAGCACAGCGCCGAAGCUGGGAGAGAUGAUCUCACACAUUAAAAGUCUGAUCAACUCACUACAACGCCAGAUGUCGCGAGUGGAUGCCCAGCGGAACCCGGUGCCAUCUCCCUCUCUCCCUCCUCAUCCCACGUCCCACUGGGAGAUGGACCAGUCAUCCCAGGAGCUCCUGCAGAGGUUCCGGCUGUACUGUGACUGGGCGACAAGAGCUUUCCUUAGCCUCAAGUCCAAAACGCAGGCGUGAUGGGUCCUCAUCCAGUCGUCCCCACACCGGCCCAUGGCAUACUCAGCCCAGCCCAUUCUCACUUACACACCCAGCCCAGCCCUGUGGCACGUGUGAGCUGAUCAAACGGCGCCAGCGUCGGCAGCCUGCUGGACUUCUGACCCAUGCCCACAUCAGCCUGCGUUGAACCUUUUUUUUCCUUCCUUUCUGUUUGUUUUUUUGCAUUCAACCCGUUCUAUUAUUUAUGUAUUUAUUUAUUUAUUGAGCAGUUAUUAUUUACUUAUUUAUUUGGUGUCAUUAUUUAUUUAAAUCCUUUGAGGGGGCAUCUUUUUGUUUAGGUGAGAAAUAUAAUGUACUGUCUUCCUUUCUUCACCCCUCUCUCUAUCUCUUUCUCUCUCAUGUUUAAUAACUUUCUAAACCCUUAAUUUCUUAAUUUUAACAAAUUAACUUAAUAUGCCGGCUUGUGUUCAUGUUUUGUUGCCUAGAUUACAAUAUUUUGCCACUAGAUGUAGCAAUAUUGCUGUGUGUGUGUGUGAGUGAGUGUAUGUGUGUGUGUAUGUGCGCAUGCUAGAGUUGGAUGAGAAAUUUUAAGAACAUGAAAGUGUCAAAAAGCACUGACCUAAGAUCUUGACCUUAGCGGCCUUUCUUUCAUUUCCUCUUCUUUGCACAGCAGAUUUGGGUUUGUACGAUCUCUGGAUUCAGAGGCUCUGCUCUUCUUGUUCUCAAGCAAACCUUAAAUGAAAAAAAAAAAAAACAAAUACAA